GCUUGGCUGAAUGCUACUGGCUCCGCUAAGUUUAGCUGGAACCUCUGAGCUCGAUUGGGUUCGGCUGUGCGUAGCUAAGCUCAGCUGCAUUCAGCUAGGUUUGGUUGUGCGCCUAUUAGGUUCGGCUGUGUGCCUCUGAGCUUCAUUGUGUUGGACUGUGCGUUGCUCGGCUCAGCCGUGUUAGGCUGUUGCACCUCUGGGCUCUGCUACGUUUGGCUGGGAGCCUCUGGGCUCGAUUGUGUUUGGCUGUGCACCGCUAGAUUCCACUAGUUCAGCUGUGCUCCGCAGUGUUUGGCUGAAUGCCUCUGGGCUCGGCUAAGUUUGGCUGGGGGCCUCUGGGCUCGAUUGGGUUUGGCUUUGCACCGCUAGGUUCCGCUAGUUCGGCUAGGUUCGGCUGUGUACCGCUGUGUUUGGCUGAAUGCCAGUGGGCUCGGCUAAGUUCGGCUGGAGCCUCUGGGCUCGAUUGGGUUCGGCUGGGCUCGGUUGAGUUCGGCUGGAGCCUCUGGGCUCGAUUGGGUUCGGUUGUGCGCAGCUAGGCUCGGCUGAGUUUGGCUGGAUCUUCUGGGUUCGAUUGGGUGCGACUGAGCGUCACUGGGCUCGGCUAAGUUCGUCUGGAGCCUCUGGGCUCCAUUGGGUUCGGCUGUGAGUCCCGGGCUCGGCUAAGUUUGGCUGAAGCCUGGGACACCGCUGGGUGUUUCGGAGAGUCUAGCCUGCACCUUUAGUGGGCGUGAAAGGCGGAGCGCCACCUAGUGAUACCGCGUCCCCAAAAGUGAGCAAAGCGGAGCUCAAUCUCCAGCUCAGUGGCCCUGUGUAUCGCUGUGUUUGGCUGAAUGCCAGUGGGCUCGGCUAAGUUCGGCUGGAGCCUCUGGGCUCGAUUGGGUUCGGUUGUGCGCAGUUAGGCUCGGCUGAAUUUGGCUGGAUCUUCUGGGUUCGAUUGGGUGUGACUGCGUGUCACUGGGCUCGGCUAAGUUCGUCUGGAGCCUCUGGGCUCCAUUGGGUUCGGCUGUGAGUCCCGGGCUCAGCUAAGUUUGGCUGAAGCCUGGGACACCGCUGGGUGUUUCGGAGAGUCUAGCCUGCACCUUUAGUGGGCGUGAAAGGCGGAGCGCCACCUAACGAUACCGCGUUCCCAAAAGUGAGCUAAGCGGAGCUCAAUCUCGAGGUGUCGCAAAGACGCAUGGGAGGGGAACAGAAGGAGGUUUACCAAGAUGGCGGAAGCGGAGGACUCUCCGGGAGAACAGGAGGCAGCGUCAUCUAAACCCCUGUUUGCAGGGUUGUCUGAUGUGUCAAUUUCACAGGACAUUCCCAUAGAAGGAGAGAUUACUAUCCCCACAAGAGCUCGUACUCAAGACCUUGACAGCUCCACACUAAAUGAAUCCAUUCGUCGGACCAUUAUGCGAGAUCUAAAAGCUGUGGGAAGGAAAUUUACGCACGUUUUAUAUCCAAGGAAAAGUAAUACUCUGUUAAGAGAUUGGGAUUUGUGGGGCCCAUUAAUACUUUGUGUGACACUUGCAUUGAUGUUACAGAAGAGUCCCAUUGAUGGAGAGAAUGAUGGAGGAGGCCCAGAGUUUGCAGAAGUAUUCGUUAUCAUCUGGUUCGGAGCAGUUACCAUCACGCUAAAUUCAAAACUUCUUGGCGGAAACAUUUCUUUUUUUCAGAGUCUCUGUGUAUUAGGAUACUGUGUACUUCCCUUGAACAUCGCAAUGCUGAUCUGCCGCCUGCUGCUUUUGGCAGGGCAGGGACCAAUAAACUUCAUGAUUCGGCUUUUUGUGGUGUUGGUGAUGUUCGCUUGGUCCGUGAUAGCAUCUACAGCAUUCCUUGCUGACAGCCAGCCUCCAAAUCGAAAAGCCCUGGCAGUGUAUCCUGUCUUUUUAUUCUACUUUGUUAUCAGUUGGAUGAUACUCACAUUCACUCCAUAAGUCCGGAUACACACAUUCAAUACCGAUGAACUGAAGGCUCACCUAAAACACAAUGCUUAUCAACAACAGCUUCCCCCACUCUUGUUCAAUUGUUGGGGUAUUAAAAGGGAGCCACAUACCACUGUUGUCAUUUAUGUAAGAAACUGAUAUUUGCAAGGCUGUCCUUUUCCUCUUAAUGUUAUUAUUUUCAAAUACUUGUACAUACCAUACAUAGUGACAUGCCUCCUUAAGGCAUGAUGAAGCGAUUUGUGUCGACCAGUGACUCGAGCAAGUGGAUCCACUCUACAAAUUACAAAGAGUUGGUGACCAUCUUCAGCUUGGAGAAUAUUUGUUCAGGUGCAGCUCUUAAACACAUUGCCUUAUGACUAUUAGAAUAUGCCUCUUUUCAUAAAUAACAGUCUGUAUCCAUUUCUUUUCUUUUCUUCCCCAAACUUCAAGAAGGCAACAAGAGGUUAGGAAUGAGGUUUGUAGAUGUGGGAAGAGAAUAUGUGUUAACUAGUUUCAGAUUUUGAUCAGAGGUACUGCUAUGCUUGUUUUGUCAUUUGUUUUUAGCAAACAGCAUAUAAAGAAUCAGCUUUUAAAAUAUUUUUGUAUACUUACCUUUCUGUCGUGUGUAACAGCACCUCAGCUUACAUUCUAGAUUUCAAUCUUUCAUACAAUGAUAGCAGUCAAACAUGCACUUUGACUGAAGUUCUUGAUGGUUUAAUGUUUGAGCUUUUCUAAGUAGUAGAUCUAAGAAAUCUAGGUUUAUGGUUUGGAAUGCGUAUUGUCAUGUGGGCACCUUCCUUUAAGGUAUAGCUUAGAUAGGGCAUAUCUAAAAGAACUUAUUUUGUGCAACCCAACCUUAGACUAGAAAGGAAGGCUACACAUCAGAAGCGAGCAUUUAACCAAAUGGACGUAGAGAUCUAGUGUUCGGAAGGCUGGAUAAUGGAAGGAUGAUUACAUGCAUGAUGAUGGGUUAGUUGAGUUUACAGCUACUGCCUUUCCAUAGUGGGCUCAGUGGUUUUUUUUUAAUUAUUAUUAUAUAUGGAGGGGUUUCUUUUGGAUUUGGGGGGCUAGGGAAUAGCAAUUUGUUUUGUGUGUUUUAGACUUUAUUUGUAAAGCAAAUUAGCUUCUCUUUAGAUAUGUACAUUUUGCACAUGUGCAUCUACCUGUGUACUUGCAGAUAUUUAUGCACAAGAGUGAAGGCUUUUCAGGGAACAGAACAUCUGAGGCAGGCUGAUUUUCAGCUAAACAGGACUCCUGUAAGAUAGUAAGAACUGGUACCUUCUGUAUGUUUCAUAUUGAACUCUAAUAGAUGAAGAUUAGGAGUCAGAAAACAUUCAUUGUAAAUAUGCAGUUACUUGUAAAGAUAGAAAUUUCUUAUUCCAUGUGUUUAUCAUAGAAUUUAAAUAUUUAUUGAUUUUUUUUUGUAUUUAAAGACUACCUUCAUAUAAGUAUAUGAUUCUAAAAACAUAAUUUUUCUCAUUCUCAGAGUAACCAAAUGAGCAACACUAGGCCAAAUCGGCUCUGUCCCAACCUUAUCUAAUGGUUUGGGAGUACAUAUUUGAAUUCAUUGUAAUUUAUGUUUUAAAUUAUAAACCCUGUAAGGAUAAAUCUGGUAUUUCAAUCUUGAAAACUUUAACCCUAAUAAUUGAAAUUUGUCACAAAAUAUUAUCUCAUUCCAGUAUCUGAAAAUUUUAAACUUUUCAUUCAAAUAUCUUUCCUAAGUUGUUUUGUAUUCUGCCCAAUUAAUUAUAAUAGUGAAGUAACCAUACUUCUCAAAUUUAGUAUUUACUGGAUUUUACUCAGGGGAAACAUGUACUCUGAAAUUCCUAAGGCCACAAAUCAUACAGAUUUUGGAGGGUUAAACACAUUGGAUAUAAGGCAGUUUGAUCCUGUGUGUGUUAAUCUGUUGCUCUUGGGUGAUUUGAUGAAUGCUUUUUAUAUGACUUAAAAUGAGAAUGUAGGACUGGGGCUUGGAUGAGUGAGAACAUUUGCCAGGCAUGCUCAGUACUCUAGGUUCAAUCUAUGGCAUUGCCAAAAAAGUGGAUAAACUGGAGGGCCUAAUUACUUUUUCCUGGAAUCAAAUGAUCAAAGGAUAUAAAUACACUUAAUAUAUUCAAAAAAUCUGUUGCUUUCUGUGACAAAUGAAGUCCUGACUCUGGAAGUUGUAGUAUAGCUUUUCCUGGUUGACAGUAGAAAUGAGGACUGGAAGGGCAGAAGCAUUCAGGAGAGGAACUCCAGAUGUAAGAUGGUAGUUUCAUGUUUCUGGUAGAAUGUGCAUGGGUAUCAUAGCCAACUUGGAUGGUCACCUGCUGCUUCUACAUCUGAGACCAUGACAGUCUUUUCCAUGUCUUAGCAAUAGGAAGAGUAAAGAUGUGAUUUAAUGGGGUUCAGAUUACAAAUACUCUAAUGAUGACAACAUAUUGGAAUGUUCUGUAUGUUUCUUAAAAUUCGUCAAAUAUUAAGGGUUUGUGUGUGUGUGUGUGUGUGUGUGUGUGUGUGUGUGUGUGUGUGUGUGUGUGUUUUGUUUGGUUUUGGCUUCAAAGUUAUGUAAGUUGAAUUUGAUCUUUUCAUUGUGGGAUCUUUUACAUGGCAUGAGACUGAUAAAUAUUUCACUGUUGACUGUCUUUUAUAAACAGUAUCCUCAAAAAUGUGAUUAGAAGGCUAAUAAGCCUAUACUUGGAUAUAUAAUAUAAUCUCUUGAUUAACUGUAUUUGAGCUGCUUACUUAUUCCUGGAGAUGAAAAUGAAAAUUGUCCAUUGAUAUUUUGGGAUACCAUCAAGUUGUGCUAGUAUGGUUUGAGCACUGAAGUGAUCUUUAACUAGACUGUUGUUGGUUUCUACAGUGGUUGGAUGGAAGUAAAUGUAUGAAUGUUGAUGGAUCCAUGUAUGUAAAUUAGAAGUCCUUCUCUAGAUUCUGUAUACUUUUGUUAUAAAACUGACAGGGACAAUAAUUUAUGAUUAUUAAUAACUAACAGUUAUUGAGCAUUUACUGUAUGCCAAUUUACUAUUCUAAUUUUAAAAUAAUUUUUGUAAUAGCUUCAUUAAAGUACACUUUACUAUGAAAAUUCAUCCUUUCAAAGUGUACAUUUCAGCAGUCCUUACUAUCUUCGCAGAAUUACCCAACCGUCACCACUGUCUAAUUUGAGAAUGUCUGUCUUUAUCACUCUGGAGAGAAACAAGUCGGUCCUGUUCUCUAUUCCCCUUCAGUCCCUGUCGAUUACCAGUCUACUUUCAUCCAUCUGGCCAGGCACUAUUCUUAAUGCUUGCUUUGCUUCCUCCACUCUUCAACAUAAAGUGCUACGAUUUAUUCUCAUUUUACAGGAGAAAAUGUAUGCCCAGAAAUGUAAUUGCCCAAGUGUUCAUGUAUUGAUGCAUGCAGGUGAAUUGAUGGGAAGAACACACUAGAUGAAAUACAGUUUGUAUUGCACUGUUAGGUACAUGGAGUGAGCACAUUCCUUCCCAGGGUAUGUCCCCUCUUACUCACCUUUGCAACCUGGAACUGUCUGGAGUUAGUAUGUCUUUUUUCCAGAGUAAUGAGCUCUGGCAUCUGAGCACACAAAGCAGGGAGACGCAGGUUUGCUGUCUUUCCUCCUCCUUGAACCCCCUCUCCUCUCUUCACACACACAUAAUCUUUCUUUAAGCUUGAAGAAUCAAACUACUACUUAAAAUUUUUCCAUUUCACACAUGCCACAUAGGAUACUUACUGGGCCUAUUUCUAAGACUUAAGAUUAAAGUCAUUCGAGAACUUUCUAUUUGGAUAGAUGUGGUGAGAAUAAAGAUUUUGCCUUAAUGAA